AGACAACAAGCGACAACACAGGGAGAACCUCUCACUACCUCUGAAGGUGAGAUAAUGAGUCAGCACAAAGCACUGAAUUCCAGGAGUAUAAAUAAGCUUCCCACACCUGGCUUUAAUCAAGGCCAAUCAGCCACAAACACACCUGACUCUGCACUUAGGUGAUUCAGUCACCAACCCCAGUGAGAAGCCAGAGAGUGUGUCCUUACAGGACCCCUCCCUCUAAGGAAUGGCACCUGACGUUCCAGCAGGACCAUCUGGGUGGUGGCGACGAAAGUCCCGAAUAAGUUCCGGGUUCAAAAUGUCCCUAGCUGGGACCCAGGCACGCUCCUCCGGACCAUAUCCCUCCCAGUCUACAAGGUGUCUUGCAUUGUGGACCCCAGAAUCUGACACUUGAAAAAUCUGACCAGAUGAUCCUGUCGACAUGGGAGGACGACCCCUCCUGCUUUGCGCUGCGAGACGUGCUGAUCUACGAGCUGGUGGUUCUAAUAGAAGAACAAGAAGUCCAUCGUGAUAAAUUGGCUGUGUCGCCCGAUCAGAUCGGAUCUACUCACUCCUGGAGCUGGACGCCAUAUUUGGCGUUGGAGUGCGCGUCCCACUCUGUCAGGAUCAGCUCACGAUACAACAACCGCACAAGUCCAUGGACGCAGGAAAAGACUCUUCCUGGGAGAGGAGCCUCCAAAAAGCCGCAGGUUUUCCCCCAGGACAAAGUGUUUGAGGUUGGCCGUCAUGGGAAUUUCUGCUGCAUCAUGCCUGCAGGGGCAGUUUUUGACAAAAUGUACAUGAGUGGUUAUAACAAUUUGAAUAUGAAAACAAGAAAGAUCAACAAUCAGACGUACGUUUUGACUGUCCUCCUGGACCAGCCGUCAAAACACAGCUGCACCAAUGUAAAAUGUCAAACAUCCGACUACGGGGCGUGUGCUUACAUCGGCUACCGUCCUGAUGACAGAGAUCUUCAGUGUGAAACUCAAGAUCUGGAAUCAGUCGAUUGUCUCUGGACAGUUGGAAAAGAGACGUACCUGCCCAAACGCAAGUUUUCAACAGAGUAUCAGCUAAAUGGAAGUGAUUGUCCAAAUGGUUCGAAGGGGAGAUGUUCUCAAAAAAUUCAAGAAGUCGGUGAAAGAACCUGGACGCUAACAACCAAAAAUAAUUUAGGGAAAAAGGAGCUAACAGACAGAGCAGACCUGAUGAAAAGAGUGCACAUGUUUGCUCCAAAGGGAGUGUCAGCUUCAGCUGUGAAUGCCAGAAACGUCACCCUGAGCUGGAGCUGGAAAGUGCAACGAUACAGCAAUCUUAAUAUUACCUGCCAAGUAAACGUCAGCCAUUUUGAAACAAAUACAAUGAGUGAAAUCUUUGGAGUUGGCCUUCUUUCUGUGGUUGUGACUGAUUUGAUACCAAACUGGACUUACAAUGUGGCAGUAAGAUGUGGAACAACAGAACAUUUCUGGAAAUGGAGCAACUGGAGCUCAAGUGUCAACUUCCACACGAGGGGGGAUGUUCCAGAUGCCCUCGACGUGUGGAUGCAGGCGAGGGAUAACCAAACUGUGAUUAUUUGGAAAGAACCCCAGGCCAACGAGAGUCAUGGAGACAUCUUAGAGUAUGAAGUUAGCUGGACAGAGACCGCAGAGAGAGAGCGGCUGAAUAAAACCAAAGUGGAUCACAACAGCAUUUCCCUCACUCUCGACCCCACUGAGGAGCACAUCGUCACUGUGUCAGCCAGGAAUAUAAACGGCAGCUCAUCCCCGACAACCAUCGUCAUCCCCAGACGUAAAUCAGUGUUUCUUCCAGAUAUAACCAAUGUGGAAACUGAUGGAAUAAUUGGCAGCGAUGGCGGCUUCAAUCUGUCCUGGUCUGUCAGCUCUGCAGCCAGCUGCGGAUACGUGGUGGACUGGUGUCCUGCGUCAGAGAGCUGCCGAGUGGAGUGGCUGAAAGUGCCUCCAAAUGUGACAAACACAAGAGUGUUUUCAAAAAGUUUCAAAGCUGGAGUGAGAUACUCUCUGUCGGUGUACGCCUGCACAAACAGAGCUCCAGUGUUGUUAGAACAGAGGGAAGGAUAUACUGAAGAGAAAAGAAUAGAAGACGGCCUGUUUCAGUCAUUGAAAUGGAACCAGCGCGACUCAGACGUUGAGAUAUCCUGGGAGCCUGUACCUUUAAGAAACCAGACCGCUUUCAUUUAUGGAUACGUGCUUGACUAUGUUGACAACAACAACAACAACAAACUUCUCAGCGUCAGCACAGACGAUCCUAAGGCCUCCAGUCUGACAGCAACAAACCUCAACAUCAACACCUACACCUUCACAGUGAGGGCAAAGACAGCAGCUGGAGAGGGGGGAGCCACAACCAUCACCGCCACCUUGAACUCUCUGACUGAUAACCUGAUCGAGAUCGUUUGCGUCUCGUUGGUCGCUGUUUUCGGACUCCUCUCCCUCGUCACCACCCUUUGCUUCAGACACUGGUCAUGUAUCAAACACAAGGUCUAUCCUCCGAUACCAACGCCGGUGUUGAGGGACAAAUGGUUGACAAUGGGUGAAAAUCGAUGUCAUCAUCUUCGGGUGGAUCAGUUCCCCCACAGUGAGGCUGAUGUCAUGGAUGUCCCAGAGCUGCACAAACCAGGAGCACCAGUGAACGAUUAUGUGAUCCAGGAGAACCUUCCUUAUGUUUCUGCACACACACAAACUGAGAAGAGUUACUACAACCAGCCUGUGAGAAACUGCAUCCCACAACCCUCCUCGGCCAUCCACCCUCCGUUCAGGAGUUUAUUCCCGAACCCGUCAUAUAGUCUGACGAUGGUGCCGGGGUAUCAGUUGUGCAGCUCGGGUCCUGAGCCUCAGGGGGGGACACAUUUAGAGAAAAGCAGUGAUGGAUACCAACCUCAGAGUGAGGCAGAAAGCUCCUCUGUAAAUCAGACAGACGAGCGUCCAGACAGUCCCAUGUCCUGUGUCUCCACCUACAUUCUGCUACCACAGUCACCUCAAUAAUAACACUUCACAGAUUUCAUAUUUCAUAUCUUAAACCCUCCCAGUCGGAGCCUACAGGUGGAUGCUGGGGUGGAGGUGGGGCUGAGCAAGAGUGCAGUACUGGUGCAGGGCAGAACUGGCUAUGACAGAGCAGAGAGGGCGAGACCAGGAAGGAGGUGUUUGGAUAAAGAUGCACGUCAAGUGUAAAGUCAGUGCAACUCGAGUCGCCUGCCUGAACUAGCUGGAAGGCAUCCUCUCGUUUCUUGUUUGUAUCACUAAUAGGAUCUGACUGUGCAGCAAUCUGACACAAAUUAAGGUACAGAAAUUAUUAUUUUUUCUCUCAAGGUGAGAUCCCUUCUUAAAAAGAAACAUCUGUGACACCACCUUCCUCAAAGGUGGAGUCAGUAGAAAUGUUUGUUGCAGCUUGUAAACACAACAUUCAGACUCUCCUCCUGGGC